AUGGAUUUAGAAGGAGGAUUUUUUCUAGUUAGGUUCUCGAAUCAAGAUGACUACGUACACGCCUUAUUUGAGGGGCCUUGGAUGAUAGCAGACCACUAUCUGCUAAUCCAAAGAUGGAGACCGUUGUUCAUGCCUCAAGAAAUGGAAGUCCAUAAACUAGCGGUUUGGGUCAGAAUUCCAAAUCUUCCAGUAGAACUUUACAAUAGAUAUUUCUUAUGGAAGGUUGGAAAAAUAUUGGGAACCAUGUUGCGGAUAGAUGAAAAUACUUCUAUUCACUCGAGUGGUAAAUUCGCUCGUAUUUGCGUGAAAAUCGAUUUGAGGAAGCAACUGGUGCCGUCCUUUGCAACCUUAGGUAAGGAAUUCUAUUUGGUCUAUGAAGGAUUGCAUCAGAUCUGUUUCUACUGCGAAAGAUAUGGGCAUAAGAUGGAUGACUGUCUAGAAAUGAGGAAGCAUGUCACAGGGACAAAUUUUGAUCAAGGUGGCAAUAGUGAUCGGAACCACCACAAGGAGAACAGCAACAUCUGCAGCCACCAGAAGCAAGACCAAAAUCUUCAGAAUCCACAAAAAGGGAAAGAAAAAAUUGGGGGAGAAAAUAAUGGUACAAUUAAUGAAAAUCAUAAUACUACCGUUAGUAAUCCUCAACAAAGUAGAUCCUUCUAA